AAACAUAUACAAAGUCUAAGUCAAGCGUCCCGUCUCGUCCCCCACACUGCACCAGAGGCCAGCACUGAGCGCACAUUUACCUCCAAACAGAACAGGAAGUUGACGUGACCUGACAUCAAGAUGGCAGCAAAGGGUGUCAGCAUGGCUAACAAGGGUCCAUCCUAUGGCCUGAGCCGGCAGGUUCAGGACAAGAUCGACAGCAAGUACGACCUGGAGCUGGAGCAGAUCCUGGUGGAGUGGAUCAGCCGUCAGUGUGGUUCUGGUGUGGGGAAGCCAGAAGCCGGCAAACUGGGCUUCCAGGCCUGGCUGAAGGAUGGAUGUGUCCUGAGUGAACUUAUCAACAGCUUGUUUGCUGGGGACAAACCUAUAAAGAAGAUCCAGAGCUCGCCCAUGGCUUUCAAACAGAUGGAGCAGAUCUCACAGUUCCUCAAAGCUGCAGAAAAGUAUGGCGUCACCAAGACCGACAUGUUCCAGACUGUGGACCUCUGGGAAGGUAAGGACCUGGCGGCAGUGCAGAGGACCCUCUCAGCCCUGGGCAGCUUGGCCGUCACAAAGGAUGAAGGCACGUACAAUGGAGACCCCAACUGGUUCUUCAAGAAAGCGCAGGAGAACAAGCGGGAUUUCAGCGACGAGCAGAUAAAGGCGGGGAAAAACGUGAUCGGCUUACAGAUGGGCUCCAAUAAGGGGGCCAGCCAGGAGGGAAUGAGCUAUGGAAGACCCCGGCAGAUUCUGUAACAUCCCCUGAGUCACAAAUAUGCAGAACCUUUUUGUUUACCCAACGCAUAAGAACCUUUAAAUGUCUUUGUUACAACUCCAUGUUCCACUUUGGAAUAAAGGGAUUUCCUAAA